CUAGAAUUAUCUUUUAAAAUUGGCUAUAGUAUUUAAAAUUCUUUAAUUUUGAUUCCACAUGAUGAAAUUCAUAAGGAAGUUAUUUUAAAAGAAAAUACUAAAAUGUUUUAUUUUUAUGUAAAUUUAAAUGAUGAUUAUAUUAUUUCAGUAAAUCUUAAUGAAGGAAAUAUUACUGGUAGUUUAGAAUUAGGAAAUAAAAAAAUCUUAUUUAAGAAUAAAAGUAUUCUAUAAUUAAAUUAAUUAGACAUUAAAUAAGCUUGUUCAAAUAUUUUUAAAGAAUGUUUUGCAUUUUUAUAAAUUUAAGGAAUUUCUUAAACAAAUGAAGUUUUAAUAUUUAUUUAAAAUAGUCAAUAAAAAAUUUAACUGAUACCAGGAACUCCACAUAUAUAAAAUUAUCCAAAAAACAAAUCUGAAUAUCAAU